AUGGGAGUUUUGAUCGAAAACCAGGCCGGGCUUUCUACUCGAGGAGCUGAGAAUGUGGUUCGGAAUGAGUAUUGGAGAGAUAUCCGCAAGAUUCUAGCGGUGCCUUACGACAAAGUCCAUAAUCCAAAUGGAAUAAUCAACUUGGGCCUCGCAGAAAACUAUCUCAUGCAUACGGAAAUAUCCGAUCGACUCAAGUCUGGAUUUGACGUUGAUACUUCGACACAUUUGACCUACGGUCAAGGACCUGUGGGUUCGCCACGUCUGCUAGGAGCACUGGCGAGCUUCUUCAAUUCAAACUUUCAUCCAAUGUCGCCGGUUUCAAAGGAUGAAUUUCUUGUGACCUCUGGAGUAGCGGCAUUGAUUGACACUCUAACAUGGUGCAUUUGCGAUGAUUCUGAUGGAAUCCUAAUUCCACAGCCACUAUAUGUUGGCUUCGAGAUUGAUAUUCAGAUGCGAAGCCGCGGUCAAAUGCUUCCUGUUUCCUUUCGAGAGUCGGAUCGUGACUAUUCUAUCGAUCAUACCUUCGAGCCUGAUGCGAACCGCAGAGCCUUUGAGCGUGCAUACAAAGAGAGCACAGAGAAAGGCAUCAAAGUUCGUGCUGUUUUAAUCUCAAACCCUCACAAUCCGCUAGGAAAAUGCUAUUCUCCGGAAACCAUCAAAGAGAUAGCUCGCUUCUGCGCCAAAUACGACUUGCACCUGAUAUGUGAUGAAAUCUAUGCCAACUCAGUCUUUGUGAAUGAUGAUAAGCCUGAGGCUCAGCAGUUUGAAUCUGUCUUGAGCAUGAACCUCGAUAACAUCAUCAGCAAAUAUCGCGUUCACGUCAUGUAUGGCAUGAGCAAAGACUUCUGCGCGAAUGGACUCCGCCUUGGUGUUCUUCAGACAAGAAAUAACGACUUGCUAGAAGCGGUUGCCAGCAUCAACCUGUUUGCGUGGCCCGCUUAUCUUACACAAGAUCUCUGGGCUCAGAUACUCGAAGAUGUUCAAUUUCUUGACUUGUUCAGAAAGACAAAUCACCAACGAAUGGCAGCCAGCUAUGGAAAAUUCACAUCUUUUCUUAAGAAGCAUCGAAUCCCUUACAUGAAGGGGAGCAACGCCGCCUUUUAUCUCUGGAUUCGCCUCGUUCCAUCCCGCGUUCUUGACGUCGGUGAUGCUUCAACUCCCUCUCCCAACACAUCCGAAGUCAAAAAGGUCUUUUUGGAAACCUGCAGCCGUAACGGAGUAUCGAUUAAAGACGGCGCUAAUUAUUUUGCCGAAGAGCCUGAAGAUGGGUGGUUUAGAGUGACAUUUACCAUUCCGGAUGCUAUUUUGGAAGUCGCCAUGCAGAGAUUAGUGAAAUCCUUAGAGGAUAUGGGAUGGUUGGAAUUGUUUUAG